GUGGCAAUCACGCGCUGAUUCUUCUCUACUAACCACAAAGACAUUGGUACCCUCUAUCUUGUAUUUGGUGCCUGAGCCGGAAUAGUGGGAACUGCCCUAAGCCUCCUAAUUCGGGCUGAACUAAGUCAACCCGGGUCGCUUCUGGGUGAUGACCAAAUCUAUAAUGUUAUCGUAACUGCUCACGCUUUUGUUAUAAUCUUCUUUAUAGUAAUGCCCAUCCUCAUCGGAGGAUUUGGAAACUGACUCGUGCCAUUAAUAAUUGGGGCCCCCGACAUGGCAUUCCCACGAAUAAAUAACAUAAGCUUCUGACUAUUACCCCCAUCAUUCCUGCUACUUCUAGCCUCUUCCGGUGUUGAAGCGGGAGCCGGGACAGGGUGAACAGUCUACCCGCCCCUUGCAGGAAACCUAGCCCACGCAGGAGCAUCCGUAGACCUAACGAUCUUUUCACUCCACUUAGCAGGUGUAUCAUCAAUCCUAGGGGCAAUCAAUUUCAUCACCACAAUUAUUAAUAUGAAACCCCCCGCCAUCUCUCAAUAUCAAACACCUUUAUUCGUCUGAUCCGUGCUUGUAACCGCUGUUCUUCUUCUCCUAUCACUACCUGUCUUAGCUGCCGGAAUCACGAUACUCCUAACAGAUCGAAACCUCAACACCACAUUCUUUGACCCGGCAGGAGGGGGGGAUCCAAUCCUUUAUCAACAUCUAUUCUGAUUCUUCGGUCACCCAGAAGUCUACAUCCUCAUCCUCCCAGGGUUUGGAAUUAUCUCCCAUGUUGUAGCCUAUUAUUCAGGUAAAAAAGAACCAUUUGGCUAUAUAGGAAUGGUUUGAGCCAUAAUAGCCAUCGGCCUUCUAGGAUUUAUCGUAUGGGCCCACCACAUGUUUACUGUUGGAAUAGACGUUGAUACUCGCGCAUACUUUACAUCUGCAACAAUAAUCAUUGCAAUCCCAACAGGUGUAAAAGUGUUUAGCUGACUGGCCACACUCCACGGAGGGUCAAUUAAAUGAGAAACACCUAUACUAUGGGCCCUGGGAUUUAUUUUCCUGUUUACAGUAGGCGGGCUCACAGGAAUUGUAUUGUCUAACUCAUCACUUGAUAUUGUCCUACAUGAUACUUACUAUGUAGUCGCACACUUCCACUACGUACUAUCAAUAGGUGCCGUAUUUGCUAUUAUAGCAGCCUUCGUACAUUGAUUCCCCCUACUAACCGGAUAUACCCUUCACAGCACCUGAACAAAAAUCCACUUCACAGUUAUAUUCAUUGGGGUUAAUCUCACAUUUUUCCCACAACACUUCCUAGGCCUAGCGGGCAUGCCACGACGAUAUUCUGACUACCCAGACGCCUAUGCCUUAUGAAACACAAUUUCAUCUAUUGGGUCACUAAUUUCACUAGUAGCAGUAAUUAUAUUCCUAUUUAUCUUAUGAGAAGCCUUCACCGCCAAACGGGAAGUACUAUCUGUAGAGCUAACAACAACAAACGUAGAGUGACUUCACGGCUGCCCCCCUCCCUACCACACAUACGAAGAACCAGCAUUUGUUCAAGUUCAAUCAAACUAA